AAGGACGUCUAAAUUUACCUCAUCGCCGUGACACAGGGUGUGGUGGGGCUGGAGCGUCACUGCGCCGCGCUAUAUAACACCGCGGCGCCACUCCUCGGCAGUCACUGCCGCUGCAGCUCACCGCCCGCCAUGUCCCUCCAGGUUGUUGUUGCCGUGCUGUCCACUCUGGCGGUCGCCGCCCUCGCCGCCCCCAGCAACCUGCCGAGCUACCACGCCCCCGCCCACCCCACACCCUCCUACCAUGCCCCCGCUCACCCCGCGCCCUCAUACCACGCUCCCAGGCCGUCCUACCACGCCCCCGCCCAAUACGCUGACGUCUCGCCGCAUUAUAACACACAGUACGCCGUCAAGGACGACUACAGCGGCAACGACUUCGGUGCUCAGGAGGCGCGUGACGGCUACAGCACCCAGGGCUCCUACUACGUGCUGCUGCCUGACGGCCGCCUGCAGCGCGUCGCCUACCACGUGGACGGCGACUCAGGCUACGUAGCCGAGGUGACCUACGAGGGAGAGGCGCAGUACGGCCACGCCCCAUCCUACGGCCACGCUCCUGCUCCUUCCUACGGCCAUGCCCCCGCUCCUUCCUACACCCCUAGGCCAGCUUAUGGCUAGAAUUAAUUGACUCCACGGCAACUCUUGAAUCCACCACCGGCCUCACUUGAUCCUGCCGGCACGAGAGGCGUGGCGACAGACUGACAGCGGCUCUGGCGACGAUGCUUCCUGCUCAACGACACACCUUCAUAACUGGCUUAUGAAUGUAUUUAUUACCCGAAUAAAAACGCGUCAUUUCA